AAACUGCAACUUCCAGGUAGCUCUGGACUCUCAUCCCAAGAGCCUUUGAUUAAUUCAUUGGCUGCCCAGAAUCAAUGGAUAGACUUUGGAUUUUGUUAUUGCUGACACUUGCCUUGGCAGAGUCUUCUGUUCAUCCAAGAGGACUGUUUCUUAACUUAGACAAUGGGGAGCUAUGUCUUCACAGUGUACAGUGCAAAAGCCGCUGCUGUCACCGAAAAACCGGAUUAAGUCUUGCUCGCUGUGCAGACAAGGCAGCUGAAAACCAAGAAUGUUCCCUAAAGAGUCUAUAUGACGUUUACUACAAGUGCCCUUGUGAGAGGGGCUUAAUCUGUGAUACUGAUCGGACCAUUGUGGGAAGUGUUGUCAAUUCUGACUUUGGCAUUUGCAAGGACCCAUCAAAUAAAAUCAGCAGUGAAAAAGAAGAAAGAAAGAAGUAUGAUGGAUAAAUUUACCCUGGCUCCUUUAAGUAGCCACAUAGCUAUUAUUACUUUCAUUGCAAAACAAAUUCCUAUGCUUUUACAUGCUGCUCCAAUAAGCAUGCCUUUUGUUUAUCUAGAUUUUAGUUAAGGAUGUUUUUUUUUUUUUUUGCAUAUUUGGUAUUGUAUAGCAAGAAGUAAUAUCCGGAACUUGGAACCAAAUACGGGAUGGAGGAGCCAGUGAAUGGAGGAAAAAUCAUUAGGUAAAAAUGCCAUGGCUAUAGCCUAGACUGGGAAGCUGAAACAAUAUCCUGACAAAGUAUCUGAAUCGACAGGUGUGAAGAUACAUCUUCAAAACCUGUUACUGCUAAACAUGUUCAUUCUCUUUUAAUGAUGAAUAUCUUGCCCCUCAGUACUACAUUUCUAGAAUGAAUAAGAUUAAGAUGGGAAUUUAUCUUUCACAAAAUCGGAGUGUGGGAGAUAGAAGUAGUUUUCAAACUCACAUGAAAUUGCAGAUCAGGAAGUGAACAAAAAAUAGACAACAACAGCAACCAACGAGUAGAGAAAGAAGACAUAUGAUAAUUAGGAAAUGAUUUUUUUUUAAUUAUUAAGGCAGUGAUUCCCACUCUGUUCUGAUAGUCUAGCAAUGUAGUGAGUUCUCAUAACUAACCUUCUCUCUAAGGGGCUUCCAAAUUUUUCACAAGAGCAAUUAAAGUGAGCUAGAAUGAGGGAUAACAAGUGAUUGGGUCAAAAAUACACCAAAAACAUCAUGACUGGAAUGUUCAGGUCCAAGUCACAGUUCAAAAGUAUCAGUAAAAGCUCUUCCAACCAAGCUGGCCUCCUGUCAUUUGAUGGACAGCUCUAUAUAGGUUUCUUUGUAGCAACAUGAAUAGGGUUCCUAUUGCCUUCUUUGGGAUAUUUUGUUCAACUUCCCAGUCUAAUUGGCAGUCUUAGUAUGACCUACAAGAGUAGCAACUGUGUUUAGCUUCCAAGACCAGACAAGAUCUCCAAAGCACUGCCAUUUCAAACAUGCAGGACUUAAUUAAAUGAUGUUACAUUUAUCACAAACCAGUAUUUGCUGUCCGUCCUAUCUGCCUGCCUCUCUCCCUAUAUAACUACUGCAAUAUGUCCUAGUUUGAAUCAUUUGAAAGCUGCCAUUCUUUUGGAAAUGACUUUUGGAUGAGAGUUAAUAAAAAUAUACAAUCGAA